AAUGAAUAAUCGCACAUCUCUAGUCUGUACAUUGCUCGUUUUCUCCGAAUGCAAGUGGUCGACGUUAAUAAUAUAAAGAAAAAAUAUGCCUAUCAAUCAAAAUUAUAAUAAAUAAUUAAAUAUAAUUCACAAUACAUUUAACAUACCGCGUCUAUUGUCGUUUGUAAUAAUAAUUCAAUUUGUGCACAAUGCCCAUACACAUGAUUCAUUCGUCGUCUCAGUAAACACUUUUUAUAAUAAUUUUUAUUUUGGAACAAUAAUCGGUGUACAUCAUAAACAAGUGCUUUAAACAUGCGCGAAUUUAAAGUGGUUGUACUUGGUUCUGGUGGCGUUGGUAAAUCGGCCCUAACUGUUCAAUUUGUUUCGGGAUGUUUCAUUGAAAAAUAUGAUCCCACUAUCGAGGAUUUCUAUCGAAAGGAAAUAGAGGUAGACAGUUCCCCUUGUGUUUUGGAAAUAUUAGACACAGCCGGAACUGAGCAAUUUGCUUCUAUGCGAGAUCUCUACAUCAAAAAUGGACAUGGCUUUAUUGUAAUGUAUUCGCUGACAAACCAUCAAACAUUUCAGGACAUUUCAAGUAUGAAAAAUGUGAUUACUCGCGUUAAAGGAAGCCAGCCAGCACCCAUAUUGCUAGUAGCGAAUAAAUUUGAUUUGGAUUGCCAGAGAGAAGUAUCGACUGCUGAAGGUAAUGCCUUGGCUCAACUUUGGGAAUGUCCAUUUAUUGAAGCAUCGGCAAAGGAUCGAAUAAAUGUCAAUGAAGUGUUUGCAACCAUUGUGCGAGAGAUGAAUUCAACACAAGAAAAACGACAGAAAAAAAAAUAUUGUUGUUGUACGCUUUUAUAGAAAUUUGUAAAUAUGUAAGAUUAUUAUAGUUAAAAAAUAAAAUCACAAAUAUGUAUGUAAUAAAAUAUA